AUGCAAACCUUAAGUGCAUUCCUUUCCUCCAUUGCAUUAGAGCAAUACCAUGCUGCUUUUCUGGAAGCAGGCGCUACCGACGAGGACCUGUCUCAACUUGUGGCUUUCAACGACACCGAGCUUUCUGAAUUUUUGUCGGCACUUGAUAUGUUGCCUUUUCAUUCCAUCAAAUUCAAAAAAUGUCUACGAGAGCUCAAACCACCACCACUCACAGAAUUACCUUCCACUCGUGAGUUUAUCUUAUCGCAUGCUACCAUCUACGGCAAGAAAAAGAACAGGCCCUUGACAUCCUAUGAAGAAGCCAUCAACCGCGCUUCACUCGAUCUCGCCCUGGAAAAUCCUGUGCUGAUUUCGAAAAAGGGCCGUCUUUUUGACAUGGCUAAGCAAAAACUACUGGAUUCCGGUUAUCAUUAUAAGCGAGGAAGCAGUCGAUCCAAGCUCAAAUCUCAAGCUGUGCACCCCGCAGGGUGUUCUGAAAAACUUAUGUUGGCCAAACGAGAAGAAAACGCUCAACGUAUGUCCGACCAUCGAUUAGCGAAAAUGGAACAAUUACAAAUCCAAGUGGAUUAUGCUUUACAAUCACGACAACGCAUUGAAAAUCAGCUGGCAGCCACUGCUGACAGUGGAUUUUCAUCCCAUCAACGUCAUAUAGCACUAAAGACGGAUUUGGCGCGCUUUGAAGACAUCAAGAUUAAACUAUCCAAAGAACUAAGUCAAUUAAAAGCUCAAGAAAGAAAACAUCAAUGGUAUAAACGACGCAAGUUGGAGAAACACAAUUUAUCACAGGAUGAAGGUUUUUCCUCUCAAACGUCACAAGAAGAAGAAGAGGAAGAAGCACAUCCUUCUGCUUUCACAGCGUUUAUUUCUUCACAGGAAUCUACAAGUAGUGUUAUGACGUGUUCAAGAACAAGCGAUGUGAGAGCAAGUUCCAUCUCAGACUAUGACCGAUAAAAAAAUAAUAAAGAUAAUAUAUAUAUAUUUUUGAAUACCCCCUCCAUUUAUUAUUAUAUAUAUAAUUAUGAAUGAUAUUCCAAGGGCACUAAAAAGUCAGCACCCCAAGGAAUGGUAUUUCCCUUGAUGCCGACCCGUUUCCAACAUAAUCGGGGUAUACCUAUAUCCACAAGGAAUAACUCACCCGUCACACGUAGUGAUUUACAUCCCGACUUGGGCGCACCUAAACAUAGCGUCCAUUUGGGUCGAAUCACAUGU